GAGACCUUCUCUGGCGGCCGCUCAUUUUUUCACAGCUCUGCCUCCGGCCCGGGGAUGGAGCCGGAAGGGGAAGCCGCGGCGGCGGCGGCUGGAAGGAAACGCCUGAGGUUGCACUUGGUAACCUGGAAUGUGGGCACAGCUUCUCCCCCUCCUGAUGUUACCUCUUUACUUCAACUCAAUUUGCAAGGCCUGGCAGUGGACAUGUAUAUUGUUGGUUUGCAGGAAGUGAACUCCAAGAUUGUGAAUUUCUUAUCAGACUUGGCUUUUGAUGAUCCCUGGAGUAUUUUUCUUGAGACGAUUUUCUCUCCUCUGAGCUAUAUCAAGGUCUCUUCCAUCCGAAUGCAGGGCCUCCUCCUCCUGAUCUUUGCAAAGCACGCCCACGUCCCCUUCAUACGGAACAUUCAAAGCCAGUUCACUCGCACGGGCAUGUAUGGAUACUGGGGAAACAAGGGAGCAGUUUCCACCCGUAUGUCCCUCUACGGGCACAUGGUCUGCUUUGUGAAUUGCCACUUGCCAGCCCACAUGGAGAAUGCGGAGCAACGGCUGGAUGACUUUGAACACAUUCUGGAGAUGCAGCAGUUUGAAGGCGAAAAGGUCCCUGGCGUCUUGGAUCAUGACAUUCUUUUCUGGUUUGGUGAUUUAAACUUCCGGAUCGAAGACUACGGGCUGCAUUUCAUCCGAGAGUCAAUAAACAACAACAGAUUCAGCCUCCUGUGGGAAAAAGAUCAGCUAAAUAUGGCCAAGAAGAAAGAGGCCUUUCUUCAAGAAUUCAGAGAGGGGCCUCUACAGUUCAAACCUACCUACAAGUUUGACCUCAACUCCAAUGAGUAUGACACCAGGGCACAGAAGAUGCUGUUUUGGUUUAAUGGGAAGAAACGGAAGCCUGCUUGGACAGAUCGGAUUCUGUGGAGGGUGAAAAGCCUUUUGCCCUAUGCUUCAGAAGCAGGGGAGGUGCCGGAAAAGCAGGCCAUUUCCGUGUCUCUGCACAGCUAUGCCAGCCAUAUGACCUACAGCAUCAGCGAUCACAAGCCUGUGACAGGGACCUUUGGGUUGGAGCUGAAGCCACUGGUAUCCAUCCCAUUGGUCACCCUGCACCCUGUGGGCGACUGGAACACGGAACGGGAUGUGAUCGUCAGCUACUCAGCUCUUUCUGAAUUUCAACACAGUGCCUGGGACUGGAUUGGCCUGUACAAGGUGACCUUCAGGCAUGCGAAUGACUACGUGGUCUAUGCCUGGGUGCAGGACAAUGAGAUUUCCUCUGGAGAAGAUGCUAAACAGGUUUAUCUCAGCACCGAAGGGUUCCCCACGGAAGGAGGACAGUUUCUCCUGGGGUAUUACAGCCACACAAUGCAAUCCAUAGUUGGCCUUAGCCAGCACUUCCAGAUUCAGCCAAGCAGAAUGCAGGCAGCGAAGGACCUGGCAUGGGAUGGAGAAGCUCUGCAAUGUGGAGCUGCUGAAUGAGUUCUGAAAUGCGCACGUCACCCACAGCACAGGGCUGAGGGACUCCGGGACUCUUCGUGGAGGAAGUGACAGACAUUGCGGAGGGGCCUCCUCAUGAGUUAGGGCAGCUGGGAGGCGCUGUUUCUUAGGUAACUUCAGCUGCUGUUGCAGGUGGGUUCUCAUGCCCUGCACGGAUACUAGAAAACCAACAGCUGCGAAAUCUUGACUAUCCAAUGGAUAAGUGGCAUCCAUCCCCCUUCCAAUGGCUAGCCAGGGCAGAAGAGCUCGCUGCUUCUCCCUUUCUCCAGGCGCCAUUGUUAGGACUAAGACAGUGCACUGAGAUGUGGUUAGUCCAGCAGUGCUUCAGACCAUAGCUCGUAAUAUUCAAGAGAGGCGCUUAGAAUUUACUGGGAAGCUGAAAUACACUUUUUUUUUAAGCUGGAGUGAAAACAUAGCUGGGACGUAUUGGUUGGGAGGAACAAGCAGUCAUGAGACAGCAGACGGGAGGGAGGAAGGAAGGAGGUGAGUCUGUGGUUUGCGUGGCAGUUUGCUUGUGGCUUUUGCUGUCUUCUCCUCUCUGCCUUGCAUGCCCAUAGCUUUAGUUCUCUUCCAGAUUUAAUGCUUGAAAUAAGGAAAGCAGACAUAUGCUCAACAAACAGACCUUUGCUUUGCUUUUGAGAUUCCUUGAUGGUCUGUUUUAAUGUUAGGAGGAAGUCUUACAGGCCCCAGCCACCUCCCUGGAUUCUCUUUUAAGCUCCAUUCUUGCAGGAUAAACUAUAGGUUCAGGUUCUCCCCCCUGCCCCUUCCCAGGAGCUGUGCAAGAACCAGAAGGCCAUAAGUCUCAAAUUUGAUAGCUGCUGCUCAGAGUCAACCCCUAGUCUGGACUAAUACCUACAUCUUUGCAGAUGUUCACUCCUCGGAGGAUUUGCCAUACUACAGCUAGUGGGGUGAUGCGAGUGCUUUUGCCACAGCUUUGUGUGGAUUCAGGUUCUGAAAGUCCCUGUUUGUGGUGGGUGAUCACCGUCACACCGAAAUCUUUGCAUUGCCUCUGAAACAGAUGAGGCAAUCCAUCCCUCAUAUGCAUCCUUGGACCUAGCUGUACAGACCGUUUCUGCGAGCGACCAAAGCAGAAAGACUGUGCGGCAUGUAUAUGGUUUAUUUCUCUUCCUGCCAACCUCUGUGCAGGCUUCCUCCGCUUUGUAGAGACUCUGUGUUGCCUGUACGAAUUUGCCACGUACAGGUCUCUUGUCCCGAAGUCACUCUAGAAGGGCGAGAUGGUGGACAAUUCCAUUGCAUCUGGUGUAGCGGCCCUUGGCUACGAUCAUAGCAUUUGUGUAGUGAGAAGGGGACCCCAAAUGAAGGACAUUUGGGAGAAGAACCAAGGUCGUCGUUUGAACGCAGCCUGAUAUUAAGCUGUAGAGGUGAGAGGCAUUCAUUGCCCCCCUGUUCUCCUGACACACCUGUGCUUGCAGUUAUUUUAGUCUCGAUCUUCUUGUUGCCUCACAACAGGGCUCCUUUCUGGCCUCUGAAACAGAGCGGGGCUUUUCCUUCUUUCUCAUCCCAGCUGGUGCUUCUGGGAGGGCAGAAUCAUCUCUCUGCAGUUGUAAACUUGGAAGGCUUUUAAACAGGCACAGUUUGUUUUUUUUUAACAUGGCUGAUAAGUGGUUGUUAUCAGCUUAGUUCCUGUCACUGUAAAAGGAUUUUAAAGUAGUGCGUACCCAAUCUGAUUGUAAAUAGCUUCUUUUGAAUGUCAAUUGUCUGUAGGGAAGGGAGUCUGGCUGGCUGGCACCAACCAAGCAUCUUUGCUUUCUUGUACCAUGACCCUGAGCUUUGGCAUUGUGGCUGAGACAGCAAGUUCUUUGAAAGCAAACUGUGUAUUAAAUAGGAAUAUAUUGAUAAAGGAUUUACGUAGGUCAUUUUCUAAUGCUCCUGGGCAUUUAUCUGGGGGAGUUAAGUUUUGCAAUAAACGAUCCUGAGCAAUUGCUAAGGGCUGGUCGUUUCCCUCUAGAAAUUUUUUUUAAAGUCUCCUUUUGUGACCUUGUCAUUGCUGCUUAGUAGCAUUUUAUUUUCUUGCUGCUUUCCAAGUGGUUCUGCUUUGCUUCACUGCAUCUCUCAGCCCAGAAUGACUUUUAGGUUCAGCCCUGAAAUUAUGACUCGAUAUUUUGAAAUGCAGCUCUUGAGUAGAGAUGGGGAAAAGGGGUUCGCCUAAGAGUUGCUUUGGCAGGAAUUUUACAACCAUGUUGUGUCAACGCACAGUACUAGCAGUGCAAGCAGUGAUGUAAAAUUUCCAGAAAUUUUGAAGCCACGUAAAUCAAAUUUGUUUUAGGAUGGACUAGAAACUUCAGGAAAAACUGAAAUAUAUGCAAUGCUAUCUUUCCUAUCAAAGCAAAACUUCUUUAACUCUUUUAGAAGUGUAAAAUGCAUUGUUUAUAGCUUAGCACAUUUAUGGAAUCGAAAUAUAUAAAAUUGCAAACGUACCCAAUGUUUGAGAGUUUCAGACUGCUCUAUCCUAGGCUGCCUUAGAACCUCUCUUAUUUUUUUUUUUUUUUGCCGUCUGAGAGGUAGGAAAAAAAUAAAAAUUGAAGGUAGAAUUCUGUAGUGAACAAAAGAGUGUAUUUGGACAGAAGUAUUCAUUCAGUCACAGUAUGUAGGACUGUAGCAUAUUUGGAUAUUAAGGAACUUUGUAACAUUAAAAACACUGGACUUUUUAAUAAUGUAUUGUCAUUAAACACAUUCUAGCAUA